UCCAAGAUGGAGGCGGCGAGCAGAGCGGGGCAGGAGAUCAGCCUGGCGGCGCUGAGGCGGCACGACCCCUACAUCACCAGCAUCGCCGACGUGACCGGCCAGGUCGCGCUCUACAGCUUCAGCCCCAAGGCCAACGAGUGGGAGAAGACAGACAUAGAAGGUACCUUAUUUGUGUACAAGAGGUCAGCUUCUCCUUAUCAUGGUUUUACGAUAGUGAAUCGACUGAACAUGCAUAACCUAGUUGAACCAGUAAAUAAAGACUUGGAGUUCCAGCUCCAUGAACCUUUUCUUCUCUACAGAAAUGCUAGCUUGUCAAUUUACAGUAUCUGGUUUUAUGACAAGAAUGACUGCCAUCGAAUAGCAAAACUCAUGGCUAAAGUGGUAGAACAAGAAGCUCAGAGAUCUCAGCAAGUUUGCCAUGACAGAAAAAGUCCCAGCAGAACCAAUGGCUGCAGUGAGAACAGGCCCAUUGACAUCCUGGAAAUGCUUAGUAAAGCCAAGGAUGAAUAUGAACGAAAUCAGAUCAGUGACUUAAGUAUUGUAUCAAGUUCUGGAAUACAACAAAAUGCAAAUGCCCCAAAGCUGGAAAGCACAGAGACUUCAGAACAAGCAACUUCAUUACAAAUGCAAGAUCAGCCAUUUCAGUUGAGGCAAAAGCAUCUGACUUUGGAAGAGUUGUUUGGAACUUCUGUACCAAAGGAACAAGCAGCAGUUCCGUAUCCCAGCCCAGAGCGGAUGGAGAAGUCGCAGUCUGAGAGAGAGCAGGGCAGUUUGCUCUUGCCUUUUUCCUUUGACCAGUCAACAGUAAUACACCAACCAUUAGGGAAAUCAGAAAGUCCUGGGGUUAAAAACAGUACCAAUGCUCUGAAUCAGCAGGAAUGUUUAACACCUAUGCUAAUACCUCCAGCUUCAGUUUCCCAGCCUGAUGUAAAAAACGUUUCAAGCUAUUCAGUUCGUUUAAGCCCUGUUCUUAAUUCUGCCUCGACAAUGGAAGCUGCCCCUGCUCAGAUGCUUCCUGGCCUAAAACAAAACAACGGCAUAAUGCAAGUUAUGCAGCAAGCUGCCAAGCAGAUAUCCCCACUAGCAAAUCAGCUGCCAUCUGAAGUCAACCACGCUCCACAAAACCUAAUGGCUGGCCAAAGCCAGUUUAUGCCACCCUUGACAUCAACAAAUACAGGAACUGUCACAAAUACAUCCCAUACAAGUGUUGAUCUUCUCCAGAAACUCAGGUUGACCCCACAGCAUGACCAAAUGCAACAGCAGUCUGUCACUAAGACUUCCUUAACACCAAACACCUCUGCCUUGGUUGGCCAACUUGCAACACCAGAAAGUUUCAGAGAGUCGCAUGGUAAACCAUCAACCUUGAACAGCAAGAUAAUCUCUCCACUUCAGACUGUACAACAAAACAAGGAUUCAGAAGCGUUUUCACAACCCAAGACUUUGUCUAAAGCAGGUCAAGUUGCACCUCCCCAGUUUGUUACAACCACGACUACAGUAACUCCUUCAAUCCUCUUGUCUCCUAGUGUUUUCCAGCAGUCGGCUACAAAAACUGCUGAAGUGGAGAAUAAAGCCAAUUCUUCUUCUCCUUUAACACUUGGAACAACUGAAAUUCAGACUAUACCUCCUACUGUUCUCAGUAAAUCUCAGCUUCAAGAAGCACUGAUACAUCUAAUAAAGAAUGAUUCUCGUUUUCUCAGCACUAUUCAUGAAGUCUAUUUGCAAGUCCUAACCAAGAAUUCAGACAACAAGCUAUAAUUGAAGAUAAAUCUACAUGGAAUACGUCCACUUUAGAAACAAUUAUGCCUCAUAUAUAAAACUAAUAUUUUUUUAAAAGAAUAUUUAGUUUUCAACGUCUUGAAUUUGAAUCUAUUAGGAAAGACUAUUCCUUAAAUACUUAUGAAAGUAAUGUUCUCAGAAGUGAUCUAGGUUUUCACUGUGAUCAUCACCAGCAAACCUUUGUUUUUAUUGGGAAGGGGAGUUAAGUUGCAUAUGAGCUCUCAUUAGCAUUAAGUGGAAGUGCAAAUGUUUGCUCUGGCUUUCAUUCCAAGCUGUCUUUUGCUUUCCAAGAGCUACAGAAUCAAUACUAUUUAAACCGGCAAAUAUGUAAUACAGUACACUACACCGCACCAGAAGAACAAAAUUCAGUUGUGUGAAUCUAGGCCCAGUUUUAAGGACUUACCGAAAGUAGGAGAGGGUAAUGCCUUGUGAUUAAGUUGGAAGGUAUGGGGAAGGGAGAUUGGGAAAUUAGGCCUUUGGAGCUAGAUCUUUAAUGCAGGGAUUGAAAACAUGAUUUGCUCAAUAUGUGAUCAGUAAACAGUCUUUAGCUAAUGUAUAUGAAUUUCUUUUAAAUAUUCCUUUAACCAUACUUGUUUCUGCAAUUCUGACAUUAAAUAGGUAUCUGAGUGAGUGAGGCCAUUUUCUCUAAAAAGGCAGAAUUUGAAAUAUGCAAAAUCCUCAGAGUGACUGUAUCAUCUUUAAGCAGCAGCAUAAUUCUGUUGGAUGUUGAAGGUUUAUUUUAUAGUUGGAAGACGACUCAAAGCCCAUGUUGUUGUUCAGUGAUGUUCAAUAUAAUAAUUGAAAUAUUUUGUUUUCCUUUAGCUUAAGGAUGGACCAGUAUUAUGGUGGGGUUUUAUUCCUCAGUUGUAUUCAAACUGCAGUGGUGAAAACUGUGCAGAUGGGGAACAAAUGUAUGCUCUUCUGUUGCCUUCUCCUCAAAUUGUUUCUUCAUACUUCGUAGUGUGAAUUUUAUCUAUUUAAAAUGCUACAGUUUCUUAUAUGUGAUUUAGUAAUUCACUAUUCACUAAUGUAGGAAUUUAACCUACUUUACUGCUUGAAAUCAAAACAUGUCUAAUGAUACUCUCCUG